AUGGCCAGCACAAACUCUCUACGCCCUACUAACCCUGACAACUCUUCGUCCGACGAACAUGGCGGUCUAAUCCGUCGUUCCUGGCACGCAUUGUCCGACGUCCUCACCCCCUUCUCACCUUCCGCUCUCGCUCGUCUGCCCAAGAACCUCAAACGCCCAGCACGCUAUACCCGCGCGGAUGCCAUACCCGACAUUGCAGAUGAGGACAGGGAGGAGGACGGGCGAAUGCCGACCGUGAGGGAUUAUCAUUCUAUUAAUCCGGUGCAGCCUAGGUUGGCGGGGGCGGGGAAUGUGAGAGUGCCGAAGAAGAUUGCGACGCCGGUGAGGGUGGAGGGCAAGGUUUGGUUUGCUAAUGAGAGGACGUGGAUCUCAUACCUCAACAUCUCAAUGCUCAUCGGGACGCUCUCCAUCGCGCUCUUCAAUGCCUCAAAAGACGAGAUAGCGAAGAAUAUGGCUUAUGCUUACGCUGCUAUCUCCGUCGGAAUUAUGAUCUAUGGAUAUGUAGUCUACCAACACCGUAUUACCAUGAUUCGUCGACGAGAUCCAGGUCACUUUGACCAGAUCGUCGGACCUCUGCUCAUCAGCGCAGUUCUCUUCAUCGCUAUCCUCGUCAACUUCAUCAUUCGGGUUCGCGAGCUACAACGCCAGAAAGUUCCGAUCCCGGGCCUUGCGUUCCUCAUGCUCACGGGCAUCGCAGGACCACAGUCUUGAAUCCGAUAGUCGAUUUUCAGUGUUGCGUGCGGGUGGUAUAUAUACAGAGUUGGAUACAUGUAUGUAUGGCAGGAUAUAUGGACAGUUUUUCAUUUGCUUUGGGGAGAUUUAGGCAGGGGGUCGUUUUGUUUGGAUGCUAUGGUUCAUAAUGCCAUUUGUUUCUUC